AUGGAUGGUCGGAUGAAACACUGCGCCGGCAUCGUCGAGACGAGGCUCUGCCUGGACCAUCGCAAGAGGCCACCAGGUAAGUUCCCCCUCAGGUAAGUGCAUUUGCACUGUUUCUUCCUUUUGUCUGCUGAAGUUCCGUGUCGUAUGCUGCUCUUGCUGCCUGCCCUCUGUACGCUAGUCUGUCUGUUAAUAGCUAAACGACACCCCCGAUGCCUGCUGCGAUUGUCUGUCCGUCAGUCUAUGCCACUCUCUACUAAUAGCUAGGUGUUACGGUGCUUGACUUUGUGUGGUGCCCUCACUUUGUCUCUGACUGAUGACUGUGUCCGCCUGUCCACUCUAGUUCUAAGUCCCAUAGCGUUAGGUAGUGUGUAUGCUCUCUCCUACUUCACUCCAUCACAUCACCUCACCACCAAGGUCCCAGGCUAAUUCGGGUCGUUCUCUCACUAACAAAAAGUCGUGGCCCAUAGUGGAGUCCGUCUGGGAUAACCGGGCAGCCCUGUUCAGGGAUGCGUUGCCUGCCCCCGCAAGGGGGAGGGGGCUAGAAAAGAUGCCCUAAAGAUCGCUGGGAACCACGCUGUCGGUAGGCUGGCCGUGGCCGCAGACAAAAAACACACGGUCGAAACAGCCAAAAUCGAAACAACAACAACAACAACAACAACAACAACAACAACAACAACAACAACAACAACAACAACAAUCACUCUCUUCCUCUUCCAGCCUAUUCUUCUUCUUCUCCUACUCCUACUUUUCGUCACCGCAGUCGCCAGACUGGCAGGGUGAGCCCGCUCACUCUGGCAGCCUGGAAUGUUCGUCCCCUUUUAGACAAUCCGAGGAGCAACCGACCGGAACGGAGGACGGCGCUAGUGGCACGAGAACUGGCGCGCUACAAGGUGGACGUCGCCGCACUCAGCGAGACCCGAUUCUCCGAACAAGGCCAACUGGAGGAGGUGGGUGCCGGCUAAACCUUCUUCUGGAGUGGUCGACCCAGGGCAGAGCGACGUGACGCGGGUGUCGCCUUUGCCAUCCGGACUGACAUCGUGGGACGACUGCCCUGUCUGCCGCAGGGAAUCAACGAUCGCCUGAUGAGCCUCCGCCUGCCUCUCCGGCGAGGAGGCAAAUUCGCCACCAUCAUCAGCGCCUACGCUCCGACCAUGACCAACCCCGACGCCGUCAGAGACAAAUUCUAUGAGGACCUGCACGCCCUCUUGGCGACUGUGUCGAAGGCGGACAAGUUAAUUGUCCUUGGUGACUUCAACGCCCGCGUCGGCACAGACCAUACUGCCUGGAGAGGAGUGCUGGGCCCCCACGGUCUCCGCGGCUCCAACGACAACGGCCUGCUUCUCCUCCGCACCUGCGCAGAACACCGCCUCAUCCUGACGAACACGUUCUUCUGUCUGCCGGAGCGAGAGAAGGCCACCUGGAUGCAUCCUCGGUCGCGCCAGUGGCACCUGCUGGACUAUGUCCUCGUCCGGAGGCGAGAUCAGCGGGACGUGCUGGUGACGAAGGCGAUCGCGGGUGCUGACGGGUGGACCGACCAUCGCCUCGUCAUCUCGAAGAUGCGUAUUCGCCUACAGCCUCGCAGGAGACCACAAGGUAAGCGACCCCCAAGUAAGCUGAAUGUCGCUUUGUUGUCUUUGCCUGCUCACCGUCUCCAUUUCAGCAAUGAGCUAGCUCAACGGCUAGACAACCUUCCUAUCGCUGCCGCCGCCGACGACGCCGCUGCCGAGAACGCCUCCGUGGAGAACCGCUGAUGUCAACUGCGAGACACGGUCCAGUCGACGGCGCUCACCGUCCUCGGUCGCGCUCCCCGCCAACACCAGGACUGGUUCGACGACAACGACGCCGCCAUCAGAAAUCUGCUUGCCGAGAAGAACCGCCUACACAAAGCCUACGUCGAUCACCCUACUGAUGCCACCAAAGCUGCUUUCUACCGCAGUCGCCGCCACCUCCAGCAGAGACUGCGCGAGAUGCAGGACGCCUGGACUGCUCGCAAAGCUGAGGAGAUCCAAGGCUACGCGGACCGCAACGAAUGGAAGAACUUCUUCUCUGCGAUCAAAGCUGUCUACGGUCCGCCGACAAAGGGCACUGCUCCUCUCCUCAGCGCCGACGGCAGUACUCUCCUGACUGAGAAGACGCAAAUCUUUCAGCGAUGGGCCGAGCAUUUCCGAGGCGUCCUCAACCGCCUACCCGCCAUCUCCGACGCCGCCAUCCCGCGUUUGCCGCCAGUCGAGACCAACGCGGACCUAGACCUCCCGCCAUCUCUCCAGGAAACCAUCAGAGCCGUGCAGCAGCUCUCCAGCGGGAAAGCACCCGGAUCGGACGCAAUCCCUGCUGAGGUCUACAAACACGGAGGUCCCCAACCCAUGGAUCACCUGACUGCGCUCUUCCAGGAGAUGUGGCGUCAAGGUGAAGUCCCGCAAGAUUUCAAGGACGCAACAAUCUUGCACCUAUACAAGCGAAAAGGGAAUCGCCAAGUCUGCGAAAAUCACCGUGGCAUCUCCUUGCUGAACAUCGCCGGGAAGAUCUUCGCUCGCAUCCUUCUCAACCGCCUCAAUAACCACCUGGAACAGGGCCUUCUGCCGGAAAGCCAGUGCGGCUUCCGUCGUCAUCGUGGGACCACGGAUAUGAUCUUCGCCGCCCGUCAACUUCAGGAGAAGUGUCAGGAGACGCGGACCCACCUGUACUCUACCUUCGUGGACCUGACGAAAGCCUUCGACACGGUGAAUCGUGAAGGACUGUGGAAGAUCAUGCAGAAAUUCGUCUGUCCGGAGCGAUUCACUCAGGUGGUGCGUCAGCUGCACGACGGUAUGAUGGUGCGAGUCACAGAAAACGAGCUGUCUCAGAGGCAUUCGCAGUGA